UGCACCUUCAUGGGCACCAGAGCCACCCCCUGGAAACAGGCUGUUCCCCUUCCUGUGGGGCUGCUGACGUGACAACCCCAUGACCAGGCAGACCAGCCCCCAAGUGGCCACACCCUGUGCUUCUGUCUGUCCUGUGGGCACUGAGGUCCCUCCGUCUGCACAGCCAGUGCCAGGGGCAGAGACGCCAUGACCCCCACCCUCAUGGCCCUGCUCCUCCUCGGGCUGAGUGUGGGACCCAGGACCCGAGCGCAGCCAGGGACCCUCCCCACACCCUCCAUCUGGGCUGAGCCAGGCUCUGUGGUCCCCUGGGGUAGUGCUGUGACCAUUUGGUGUCAGGGGACCCUGGAGGCCGCGGAGUUCUAUCUGGAUAAAGAUGGACACUCAGUGCCCUGGGACAGACAACCCGCAGUGGAGCCCAGGGACAAGGCCAAGUUCUCCAUCAUAUACAUGACAGAGCAGUAUGCAGGCCAAUAUCACUGUUCCUAUCGGAGCCCCGCUGGCUUGUCAGAGCGCAGUGACCCCCUGGAGCUGGUGGUGACAGGAUUCCAUGGCAAACCCACUCUCUCAGCCCUGCCCAACCCCAUGGUGACCUCAGGAGCGAAGGUGACCCUCCAGUGCACCUCAUGGACGGGAUUCCAUAGGUUCGUCCUGAUGAAGGAAGGAGAACCCAGACCCGUCUGGACCCUGGACUCCCAGCGACCCAUCAGUGGGCAGUUCCAGGCCCUGUUUCCUGUGGGCCCCAUAACCCCCAGGCUCAGGUGGACCUUCAGAUGCUAUGGCUAUUUCAGAAACACCCCCUACAUGUGGUCACUCUCCAGUGACCCCCUGGAGCUCCUGGUCUCAGGAUCCUCUGGAGAGCCCGGCCCCCCAGCCACAGAUCCCAGCUCAACAGCUGGAGCAGCUGACACCAUCAGCCCAUCACAAAACAAGUCAGACCACAACACUGGAUCACUACAGUCAGAGAGGAAUCCAAGAUGCAUCCAGGAGGUAAACUCAAGAGAGAACAAUGCAACGAUCAUAAUGACAGAGUCUGGGAAGCACAUCUUAUGUGCCCAGGAAUUUCUGGAAGAGUGUGUGAGGCAUGUGCUGUGGGAACUGUCAACAUUCCAUGUUGCCCAGACCAGUCCUCAUCCUCUGUGACAUCAUCUCCAACCUCCAAGGACUUAUUCCACAUACCACACGACAUAGUGGUCAAGUAUAUAUCUUUUGUCAUUAUUUAUUUGACACCCAUAACACUCCCAGGACUAGUAAUGAUCAGAGAACAGGAUCCAUGUGAAUUUAGCACAUACUUUAGUAUUCAUGCUUGGUGCAUUGUGUGAAAUCUAGUUAACUUUUGUAUAGAUUCCUGGCAGGAUGGAUGGAUUCAGGAUUGAUUAUAAAUGGAAAGACGGAAAAGUUUAUCUCUACACAAACAUACACAGCAAUCUGCAAUAAAUUAACUCAGCAUC